CUGUGCCUUCCUACUAACAGAAGAGGUAACUGACUGAAGACUAAUGGCUGUUUCUGCAUAAAAGCCAUUUCACGGUUAGGAAGUGUCUGAGCAUAAAUAUUGUAGUAUGCCACGUAAUAUGCCUCUGCUACUCAUAUCUUGAAUAGCCUGAGGGGUAAUCUCUGUGCUCAUAUUUCUAAGCCAUUUUAUGUGUGGUUGAGUUUUUUUUUCAUUUUAAAAAAAGUCUUAGUCCUUUACAGGGUACAUGCUUAGGAUCCUAUGUUUUAAGGGGAUAGAUUUCGCAUAGACAACUCCCUGGCUGGCUCAAUUCCCUUCCAGGUGCAGAACUCUGUAUUUGGGCUCUUAAAAGUGUACUUCACUGGCAAUGAGUCUGUAGCUCACAGCACAAUUCAUUAUUCUGGCAUGUUGUAAGCGUGCUUUUGUUUGGGACCUUGCUAAUCAUGGCUGCCCUUGAUCUUGGCUGCUUGCUAAAAUUUGUCAUGGAUGAUGACGACGAUGAGUCCUGUCUCCUUGAUCUUAUUGGAGAUCCACAGGCACUGAAUUAUUUUCUACAUGGACCUAGUAGUAAAUCUAGCAAUGAAGACUUGACUAAUGCAGGGUACUCUGCAGCCAAUUCUAAUUCAAUUUUCGCCAACUCCAAUAACACUGAUCCUAAAUCCUCCAUCAAAGGUGUAAGCAAUCAGCUUGGAGAGGGGCCUAGUGAUGGACUACAACUGUCAAGUAGCCUUCAGUUUCUUGAAGAUGAACUUGAAUCUUCUCCCUUACCUGAUCUCAGUGAGGAUCAGCCUUUUGAUAUUCUUCAGAAGUCCUUGCAGGAGGCCAAUAUUACUGAACAGACUUUGGCAGAAGAGGCAUAUCUGGAUGCCAGUAUAGGUUCUAGCCAACAGUUUGCACAAGCUCAGCUUCAUCCUUCUUCAUCAGCAUCCUUUACUCAGGCUUCUAAUGUGUCUAAUUACUCAGGUCAGACGCUGCAACCUAUAGGAGUUACUCAAGUGGUACAGCAACCAGUUGGAGCAUCUUUUGCAAGCAAUACAGUUGGUGUGCAACAUGGCUUUAUGCAACAUGUGGGAAUUAGUGUUCCCAGCCAGCAUUUGUCUAAUAGUAGUCAGAUUAGUGGUUCAGGGCAGAUACAGCUAAUUGGUUCAUUUAGUAAUCAACCUUCCAUGAUGACUAUUAACAACCUUGAUGGAUCUCAGAUUAUAUUGAAAGGCAGUGGACAGCAAGCACCUGCAAACAUGAGUAGCGGACUCUUGGUUCAUAGACAAACUCCUAAUGGUAACUCACUGUUUGGUAACUCAAAUUCAAGUCCAGUAGCACAACCUGUAACUGUCCCAUUUAACAGCACAAAUUUUCAGACAUCUUUACCUGUGCAUAAUAUCAUUAUUCAGAGGGGUCUAGCACCAAAUUCUAAUAAAGUUCCAAUUAAUAUCCAACCAAAGCCUAUUCAGAUGGGUCAGCAAACAGCUUACAAUGUGAAUAACUUGGGAAUACAGCAGCAUCACGUACAACAAGGGAUUCCUUUUGCUUCAGCAAGUUCACCUCAAAAUUCAGUUGGUCCUCAUAUGUCUGUUAAUAUUGUUAAUCAACAAAACACAAGAAAAUCAGUUACUCCUCAAACAGUUAGUAAUGCUGGCGGUAGUAUUGUUAUCCAUUCUCCUAUGGGACAGCCUCAUGUAUCUCAAAAUCAGUUUCUCAUACCUACAAGUCUCUCUGUCAAUUCUAAUUCGGUUCAUCAUGUCCAGACCAUAAAUGGACAACUUCUUCAGACGCAACCCUCCCAGUUGGUUUCUAGCCAAGUAUCUGCUGAGCAUGUUAUGCUGAACAGGAACUCUACAAGCAUGCUCAGGGCCAACCAUUCAUAUUCAGGACAGAUGCUGAAUAAUCAGAAUACAGCUGUUCAAUUAGUUUCUGGUCAGACAUUCACAGCUCCUGGAAGUCAAGUUAUAGUAAAUCAUGGAACUUCUCAAAUUGUUGGUGGACAGGUGCCAUUACAACAGGCAUCACCAACAGUGUUGCAUUUAUCACCCAGUCAAAGUAGUGUUUCUCAAGGUAGAUCAGGUUUUACUACAAUGUCACCUGGACAGUCUACAGUCUCAAAUAUGUCAGCAUCUAAUCGGUUUACUGUUGUAAGUUCUUCUGGCACAGUACAUCCCAGCCUGGGGCCACCAGUUCAGUCUGUUGCAUCAGGAGGAAAUUUUACUGGAGAUCAACUUACACAGCAGAAUAGAACACAAGUUUCAGUGAGUGUAUCACAUUGUCUUCCAGUUUCCUCUUCUAAAUCUAUCAGCACUUUCAGUCGCACAUCAGUAGGAGUAACACAGCAACAGUUCACUUUUGCUCAGGCCCAGAAAAAAGUUAUGAACCAGUCCUCACCAGUUUCUGCAUCAAAGUCACAGGAUAGCUUGAGACAACCUCAGCUAACAGGUCUUCUGAGUAACACGUUGCCAGGACAGGAUUCUGGAGGUAAAAUCAUCCAGCAAUCUUUAGGAACAACACAGUCACAGCAGGAAAAAGUAGUAGGAUCAUCUCCUAUCCAACAAAAUGUGCAGGUGGAUGUUCAUACAGUUGGACAAAAGAGGCCUGCUGCUAAACAGCUAACAAAAGGAGCUUUUAUUCUACAGCAGUUACAGAAGGACCAGGCACAUGCUGUGACACCAGAUAAAAGUCAAUUCAGAUCGUUAAAUGAUGCAGUCCAGAGACUCCUCUCAUAUCAUGUGUGCCAGGGAUCACUGCCAACCAAGGAGGAUUUAAGAAAAGUGGACAGUGAAUUUGAAUCUGUAGCCACGCAGCUUCUGAAAAGGACACAAGCUAUGCUAAAUAAGUACAGAUGUUUGCUCAUAGAAGAUGCAAUGCGGAUAAAUCCCUCUGCAGAAAUGGUCAUGAUUGACAGGAUGUUUAACCAGGAAGAAAGGGCAUCUCUGUCCCGGGAUAAGCGCCUUGCACUAGUGGAUCCUGAUGGUUAUCUGGCUGAUUUUUGUUGUUCUUCUAAACAAUUUGAUGGAACUGCUGAUGAAGCACAGUCCAGUGAAAGUGAUCAUCAGUGUAGUAAAACUUUGACUUCUCACAGUCAGACUACCAAGAUCCAAACCAGAGACCGAUCAAAAUCCAGCACAGCAGAGUCUACAAAUCAUGACAAACUUCAUUUAGUGCCUAACAACAUUAUGACACAACUAGAAGGAAAAAUUUCUACUAAAAAAACGGAAAGCCUCACUAAAGCUUUAAAGUUUGAGAAGGCUAGCUGUUCUCCUGACAGUCAAUACAUGGCUGUCUCUGAAGAGACAUUGGCUGGUAAAGAUCUUGCCAAGACCAAUGAAAAUUCUUCAAGUUCUGAAGACCUGUCAAAAACCUUGUCAAGAGCUAAUCAUGGUACACAUAAAAUGUCAAGGAAUACAGUUGAAUCUCACUCAGAGGUAAUCUGUAAUAAUAACUCCCUCCAAGACAAAACUCAGAGGAGCUUUCCAAAGAAUGAGGUUUCACAUCCUGACAACAUGAAAGGUUCGGGUGAACCCCAACAGGAUUUACUCCUCAAUAAGAGUUUAGAAACUACAUUCAAAAACAUUUUGGAACUGAAAAAAACUGGGAGACAGCCACAAAGUGAGGCUACUGGUAGUGGCUCUGUAGAAUUAGACUUUCCAAACUUUUCACCAAUUGCUUCACAAGAAAACUGCCUGGAAAAAUUUAUUCCAGAUCACAGUGAAGGUGUUGUAGAAACGGACUCUAUUUUAGAAGCAGCUGUAAAUAGUAUCUUAGAGUGUUAAUAGUUACAGUACCAUGGACAAGUUAUGUUUCUCUUAGUAGAAGCAAAUGUGAAUGACACCACAAGUACAGCCUGACAUAUGUCAAAGGUUAAUCUUUCUAAACUAGAUUCUGUUCUGUGUUUGAGAGCAAUACUCAUUGUGAUUACAGUGAGAUAUCCAGUAAAGUUAAUCCUUGUUAGAAUGCAGUCUGUUGGGGCCUACACAUUUCAAGUAUUAUAAUGAUAGUGCUUAUGGUAAUUGUUUAACACUGCGAUUUAAUGAGAUUGAAGUUCACUAGGCCCUAGGUAAUAAGGUAAUAUACUGACAAUCACAGUCGUAUGAAAAGACCGAUUUAUUCAAGAAAACUUUAAAAAGACAAAUGGAAGCAACAAUUUUCCCCCUUCCAUAAAUCACUAGAUUUUAGUUUUUUUCCAGGAAAAGCUCGUGGUUAAAUACCCAUUGUACCUCUAUUCAGAAAUGAUUGUCUGUCUGAUUUAUUAAUGAAUCCAUCUGCUCUAGGAUUUUAAGUUGGAAGGAUGUCAUCGGUACGUUUAUAGGGCUUCAUAUUUUAAGUGCUUUUCUGUUGUCACUGAGCAGAAAGUAGUACAUGAGUAUAUCUGUAGUGGGUGAAUUUAGUCUGUGGAAUGAUACUGUAUAAUGUUAGUCACAACGGUAUGGUGUGAAAUAAUAUAUGGUAGACUAAGGAAAGAAGAACAGAAGCCAGUAAGUGGCAAAGUAUACAGGAGGAGGUCAUGAUAGAGCCAUGAAUUUAUAUAUAUAAAUAUAUAUAUAUAUAUGUUAACUCUUGAGGAGAAGGUUUUGCAUUUUAUAAUUGGAUAUAGUCAACCUAAGUCUUUCUGAAGUGGUAUAAAUGUUUUUUUUUUUUUUUUUUUAAGACCAAGUGUCAAAAACACUUUUAUUUGAAAACUGUGUUAUUAAAUUAGUAGUUUAUACUUUGAGGGGACAUUAGCUGUAAUCUGAGAAAUUUAAAGGCCAGUGUUGUUGCUUGUUUCUGCUUCUUGCUGUCAGAGAAUAUUAGUCAUCCACAGCAGCAGUCAUAACUACCAAAAUAUGUACAGACCAAAGUUAAUCAGCUAUCCCAUUGUUAAAACAUAUCGAAACCUGUGUAAUUAUUAAUUCACAUUUUAGAGCCAAAGGAAACCCCUGCGUGGUUUGUAUUUGGCUGGUGUUCAUGUUGACGAGAAUAGAAGCUUGUUAUUUUAUUUAUUUAUUUUUAAUAUGUGACAUUUUCCCUUUUAUGGCCCAUGCUUCUUUUUUAAUAGUUUACUUUGGUCAUUAGUGCUGUUGUGCACAUAAGUGUUCUGCCAUUACCACGAUGAAUCUAGCAUGUAUGUCUGCUCAGAAGGGUAGAGCUGUUGUGGUUUCUAAGGCAUGCUCUCUAUCUCUCUUUCCUUCUAUCUUCCUCCCUGUUGCUCUCAAAAAUAAACAGCCAUGUUUCAAAAUUUGCUGAUUGCCAUUAUCAUAAUCUAGAGACUUAUUGUGACAAACUGUGGUUGUCAGUCAGAUUGCCAGAACUGCCAGGAAAGAAAACAAAAGGCCAGGUUUUGCUAUCCUUUACACCAGUGAGUUUGCACCAGUGUAAAAGAGAGCAGAAUUUGGUCCUUGGGCUUUUAACAGCACAAAAUUAUAAUGCACCUCAUCUUGUUGAGCUGCAGCCCACUAUGUGAUAACGUAAGAAAACCAAAUCUAGUCAACCUGAGAAAGAUAACAAUAGUUAAGUUAUAAUUAAGGUUCAGUUCCCCUUCAAUGUGAAUGGAAAUAUAAAUAUUUUGUACAUUAUUAAUUGCCAUUUUAAAAAAUUUGUGCCAAUUUUAAAGUACAAAUUUGUCAAAAUCCAACAUUCCCAAAUGUCAUGUAAAACAUUUAAAAUAAUAACAUGGUAUUGCCAGUUUUAAAUUUCUAGCUGGGCAUCAUUACAGUAGACUCUCAGGCAAUUAGCUAUUUUCUAGUUAAUGAGACUGACAGUAUAGUCUUUGCCAAUUGCCUUUGAAAUGUCAUAAAGAUAAUGAUGGCUGUAUCCUGAGGAUAAUGUAUCUUAUAAUUCAUUCAAUUUCAGCCAGUCUGAGCACUCUAGAAAGGAAGGCUGUAAGUUAUAUCAGCAAUGUAAAUUAGUUUAAUUUUCAUCUUAUGAGAAAAAGAUGCACAUUUAUGGAUCUUGUCACUCUUGGUACCAUCUCAAACAGCAUAUUAGCUUUCAAGCAUCUGUACAGCAACUACAUAACCUAAAUAACAAAAUGUUGUGUCCAUUAUGUAAAUUUAUUUUCCUGGGCAGUGAAUUAUCGAUAAUGACAAAUAAAGAUUAAGACAUGUUUUUUAUCAUUGUUGAUUAGGUCAGACAAAGGUUUGUCCAAACAUCUUAUGUCAGGAAUCCAUUGAGCAAAGGCCAGCAAACUUACUGUUGGAUCAUUAGUGUUCUGUUAUUCAUUAAUUUGAAUUCUAUUUUAGGAAUACUUGUACUUGGUAAUGCAGUAAACAAAAUAAUCUUAUAUAUGAAAUGUUGUUUUAAUAAAGUGUGAAUUGGAAUCUGAUCCAGUGAAAUACUUUAACACAUGCCUGAUUUUAAGCACAUGCUAAAAUGCUUUGCUGGAUCAGUAUAAUGAUUUCCAAUGUUCUUGAAUACUGCCUAAGGUUAAAAUAAAUUUUAAACUGGCAAUUACAAAAAAAAUUUUAACUUUGAAGAGUUUAGCAUAAUUUAUCUCUUAGAUUAGGGAGGCCUUACAGACUGACUUCGCUUAAAGAGGAUGUGUCACUUAUUGUCAAUGUGGUAUGGACUUUAUUUGCUUAAAUACCUUCAUUUGUAUAGUAUGUCUCACUUGAAAUUGCUUUGUAUACAUUUUGUAAAAAUAUUUAUAAAAUGUUUUGUAAAAAAAGUAUAACAAAUUGCAGUUUAUUUUGUUAUGUUGGAUAAAUACUGUUAAAAGACACGAGUUGGUAAAUAUAUUGUUAAUCCAUGGAUAGGAAAUGUUUAGUUGGAGAUUACAGAUUGAAACAACCAUUGCAAUACAGCCAAA